AGAUUGGAAUUCUUCCCCGUCUUCAUCAUCGGCACCUUGUCACUUCCGUAGGAUAUUGCAAUGAGUCCAAUGACCAAUGACACUGGGUGCCUCACCGUGGUUUACGGGAACAUAUCGAACAGGACUCCGAACGAUCAUCAGUACGGCUCCAAGGCUACGCCAUCGGGAUUGUCGUGGCUCACUAGGAUCUCGAUAGCUCUUGAUGUGGCACGCACGCUAAGUUAUCUUCAUCUCCACAUGACGUCGGACGUCAUGCAUCGCGAUAUCAAGCCGUCCAACAUCUUGAUUGAUCAGAAGAUGCAUGUGAAGCUGUCGAACUUUGGAUUGUCAAAACUUCACCCCAAUAACGAGGAGUACACUCCCUUGAUGACGUACAUAAAGGGAACACAAGGUUACCCGGACCCGGAGUACUUCCAAACCCAUCGGUUGACAGGAAGGACGGAUGUGUACAGCUUCUGUGUGGUAGUGUUGGAACUGAUCGUGGGGAUGAAGUCAUUGGAGAUAAUCACGGGAUGGCGGCGAUUUGAGGGUGAGGAUGAAGAUGAAGAACGAGAGCCUACGCAGUGUACUCGAUCAUAGGAUUGCUGAAGGCACGUGCUCCGCGGACACGCAGUGGAAGUUAGCGGACUCCACCAUCAUGAAUUGCGAGCCUUAUUCAGCAAACCAGCCGAACAUCGGUGUUGUGGUAUGGUACAUCGAGGAGGCGGAGGCCAUGCAGAGAGAAGGGUCAAGAAGUGGUCAAGCUUUUCCGGAGAGGAUGGGUUCUCCCGCUCAAUACGCAGGUCCACCAGGAGGGGGAGCGGGAGGAGGUGGGCAUGCGUACCGCAUGGCCACAGCCAUGAAGAGGAGGAGAAUACCAUCCGCCCCGCCCGCUC